UUUAUUCUUGGAAUUCGUACUAUUCGUACAAAUGAGGAAUAUUCACAAUCAUCAUUAAUGAAUUAUAUUAGGUUAUUAAGCGUAUAUUGUAAAGCAUCUUUGUGGAACCAUGAAGUUCAAUUUAAGAAUGCGACAAGAAUUUGCGCAACUCAUGAAAAAGUUUCAAUCGAUACUUCUCAAGGAUUACUUUAUGGAAUUUUUAUGUGCUGUUGUCUUCUAUUUCAAUCUCAUGGCGGAGAGCACUAUAAAAUUUUAAUUAAACAAAUUACUUUUACAUCUAAUGGAAAACUUGUGCAGGAUCCAUGGUUUUACGAUA